AUUUUUGCAAAACUAAUUGUUCCUGAUUUGAGAUAUUUUGUCAUCAGCUGGUAGGUUAAUAAAUCAGACAUGAAGAUCAUCCCAUUGAUGUCCAUUGCCUUGGUCAUAUUCAUGACGUCAUUUCCGGCUCCCAUCAAAGUAGCCGGUGGUGUGGGUAAUUGUGAAAAGGACAUGCAAUGGUGCAUAGACAAAACUGAAUUCUUUACUCACGGUUACAUUUAUGAGCGUUGUUGUUAUAAUAUGAUAAUGAAAAAAAAAUGUAUGUGUUUGUUUCUCAAGUCCCCCAAGCUAAAGAUAGCUGCUCGCAACGUUAACAAUGCGUGUGGUCGUGGUGGUCUUCCAAAGGAUGCAUUCUCUGAGUUCAAGUGUUAAAUAUAUAGAUACAUAAAAGUAAAUAAUUAACAACAAUAAAGCAAACAUAUUUUUGAUCAGAUUUGUACUAUGUAGUUUAAUGGUUUGUACUUUGUAGUCGUUAUGUUUAAUAACUUGUCAAUUGUCCUUAUAGUUUUGAUAGAAGUUAGAACACAUAAUAUAUAAGAACAAUUGUCUAGAGAGACUAAUGACUAAUUAAACUUUGAUUUAUCAUGUAGCUUAGUUAC